GAUCAUAGUCAAAACGAGUCAACCUACCAGUCGAUGACAACCUUGCUACACAUCCUCCAUAUCUCUGUUUUAAUUAAUUACACCAAUCCGCCAAUUGCCGAAUUUUCGUCCCGUGAUAUAUGACUAGUUAAAAACUUAAAAUACCACACGCAGUGCAGUUGGGAGGAGGAGAGAAAGAAAAAAGAAAGAAUAAUCCUCACCGACGCGGAAAUGGGAAUGGAUCCACUCUCCCUAGAUCUCAAGACACUCCUCCGACUCCAUCAUCAUCGCUCUUCUUAGCCUCCUCUCUGUCUCUUCCAUCUCGCCCUCCACCCCUCCAAACUUCCUUCAAGAUCCCAAUUCCAGAUUCGCGCGAAGGAAGCAGAACAAAUACAAUUGUCCACGCCGUCGGUCGGGAUUCCGAUGGCGGUCGCCGUUCGAGGUGGCCGAGGAGGUGGACUUGGAUCCGGCGGUGUCAAUGCCGGCCUCCGAAGCUUCUUCUCCUACCGGAUCUUUCUGUCCGCCAUGUUCACCAUUCUCUUCGUCGCUACGCUCUCUGCCAUACUCACCACUCAUCCAUCCGCCUCUUCUCAGCUCCCCUCUUCAUUUCAUAGCGGAGAUGCGUAUAUGCACCGAACAUUUUUGGCAAUCAAGUCGGAUCCACUGAAAACCAGAUUAGAUUUGAUAUACAAGCAAGCUACUGAUCACAUGACCCUGGUGAACGCUUACGCGGCUUAUGCCCGGAAGCUGAAGCUCGACAUUUCGAAGCAAUUGAAGAUGUUCGAUGAUUUGGCCAAAAAUUUCUCGGAUCUGACUACGAAACCCGGUUACUCGUUCCCAGGCCAUGAUGCUGUGGACGAAGAGGUGUUGAGGCAGUUCGAGAAGGAGGUAAAGGAGAAAGUGAAAGUUGCGCGAUCAAUGAUAGUGGAGUCCAAGGAAAGUUAUGAUAAUCAGAUAAAGAUUCAGAAGCUGAAAGAUACAAUUUUUGCAGUGAAUGAACAGCUUGGCAAGGCCAAGAAGAAUGGUGGUAUAGCUAGCAGCAUUUCCGCCAAAUCCAUACCAAAGAGCUUGCAUUGCUUGGCUAUGAGACUUGUGGAGGAGAGGAUUGCUCAUCCGGAGAACUAUACAGAACAAGAGCCCAGCCCUGCAAUCGAGGACCCGAGUUUGUAUCACUAUGCUUUGUUCUCGGAUAAUGUGAUUGCUGUUUCUGUGGUGGUGAGGUCGGUGGUGAUGAACGCAGAGGAACCAUGGAAGCACGUUUUCCAUGUGGUUACAGAUAGGAUGAAUCUUGCAGCUAUGAAGGUUUGGUUUAGGAUGAGGCCUGUGGAAGGAGGUGCUCAUGUGGAGAUAAAAGCAGUGGAAGAUUUUCCUUUCUUGAAUUCUUCAUAUGUCCCUGUUCUGAAGCAACUUGAAAGCUCUUAUAUGCAGAAUUACUACUACAAGAAUCAAGGAGAGAAUGGUAGUAUCGGUGAUGCAAGUAAUGUGAAGUUCAGGAACCCAAAGUAUAUGUCUAUGUUGAAUCACCUCCGAUUUUAUUUGCCGGAGCUGUAUCCCAAGUUGCACAAGGUUUUGUUUCUGGAUGAUGAUGUUGUUGUCCAGAAAGACUUGACUGGUUUAUGGAAGAUCGAUUUAGAUGGGCGGGUGAAUGGAGCUGUUGAGACUUGCUUUGGGUCGUUUCAUCGCUAUUCACACUACUUGAAUUUUUCACAUCCACUGAUUAGGGAGAACUUCAAUUCCAAAGCUUGCGCUUGGGCUUUUGGAAUGAACAUAUUCGAUCUGGAUGCUUGGCGACGUGAGAAGUGCACAGACACUUAUCACCACUGGCAGAACUUGAAUGAGAAUCAUAGUCUAUGGAAGUUGGGCACUCUCCCACCUGGUUUGAUCACAUUUUACUCGAAGACCAAGUCGCUGGACAAAUCGUGGCACGUGCUUGGGCUUGGCUACAACCCUGGAAUCAGCUUGGAUGAGAUCAGGAAUGCUGCGGUGAUUCACUACAAUGGGAACAUGAAGCCUUGGCUCGACAUAGCCAUGAACCAGUACAAGCAUCUGUGGACUAAAUAUAUUGACGGCGAUAUGGAGUUUGUUCAGAUGUGCAAUUUUGGUCUUUAGAUAACGAAAACCAAAUAGACACUUCCCAGGUCAGAUACACUACGUUUAAGCUGUUAGGUGUCCAUACUGAAUUUGCCAUAUUACUGUUAGAAGAUUUUGGAUUCAGUGAUUGGUUCAGACACUGAUUUGGUUCAGCCGAAAAUUGUUUAUGUACACGGAUGGGCAAUAGAUUCUUUUGUUGAAAUGUUCUUUUCUUCAGCCAGAAAUUCUACUUUUGUUGGGGACUCUGACCCAUUAUAGUACCUCUCUGUUUUCUGUCCCACUCCCACGGCUUGUUCGCGCUGUAAUGACUUCCAGCUUAUUGAAAUGCUUGCUGAAGAAUUUAUUAUGUCUUGUGAUGUUUAACACCUAAAACAGCUUGGUUUAUGGUCGCUUACGUAACUGCCCGUCAGGUGGUGGAGGUCAGAGUGCUAACAUUCAAUCCAAUUUGUUAAUAUGGUGCUACAAAUUCUGGCAAUUGGAUAAUAUGGUGCUAAUACUAAUUUAGGCAAUAGGAACAUUUUAUUGACUUGACUUUUUUUUUUAUCUCAAGGGUUGACAACAAUUAAUGUGACUUUGAAAA